GAAUAUCCAUUUAUCCUGGAUCCCUUUCAAAAAGAAGCWCUCAAGUGUCUASAAAACAAUCAAUCAGUGCUUGUGUCUGCUCAUACAUCAGCAGGAAAGACAGUUGUUGCAGAAUAUGCUAUUGCAAUGUCCUUAAAGAACAAACAAAGAGUAAUCUACACAACGCCUAUCAAGGCUCUUAGCAACCAAAAGUAYCGUGAAUUAUAUGAAGAGUUCCAAGAUGUUGGUCUGAUGACAGGUGAYGUGACCAUCAACCCAUCWGCUAGUGCACUUGUCAUGACUACUGAGAUUCUUAGGAGUAUGCUGUAUAGAGGCUCAGAGGUCAUGAGGGAGGUGGCCUGGGUUGUUUUUGAUGAAAUCCAUUACAUGAGAGAUAAAGAGCGUGGUGUUGUGUGGGAAGAGACCAUCAUCCUUCUCCCUGAUAAUGUCCACUACGUGUUCCUGUCUGCCACUAUUCCCAAUGCACGGCAGUUUGCAGAGUGGAUAACGCAUCUCCAUAAGCAGCCGUGCCACGUUGUGUACACUGAUUUCCGUCCUACACCACUUCAACAUUAUGUCUAUCCUUCUGGAGGAGAUGGUUUGUUCCUUGUUGUUGAUGAAAAGGGUGAUUUUCGUGAGGAGAAUUUCAACAAAGCCAUUGCAGUUAUAAGAGAUGGAGGAACAGAUCCUGGUUCAUUAAAAGGACGCAAAGGAGGGACCAAAGGUCCAUCAAACACAUUCAAGAUUGUCAAGAUGAUUAUGGAGAGAAACUUUCAGCCUGUUAUCAUCUUCAGCUUCAGCAAAAAAGAGUGUGAAGCUUACGCACUGCAGAUGUCCAAACUGGACUUCAACACAACGCAAGAGAAAGGAUUGGUAGAAGAAGUGUUCAACAAUGCCAUAGACUGUUUAUCCGACGAUGACAAGAAACUACCUCAAGUUGAACAUGUUCUUCCCUUACUGAAGAGAGGGAUUGGUAUCCACCAUUCUGGACUUCUACCCAUCUUGAAAGAGACUAUCGAGAUUCUAUUUGCUGAAGGACUUAUCAAGGCACUGUUUGCUACAGAGACGUUUGCUUUGGGUCUCAACAUGCCGGCAAGAACGGUUGUCUUCUCAAGCUCACGAAAAUUCGAUGGAAAAGAUUUUAGAUUUAUAACAUCUGGUGAAUACAUUCAAAUGAGUGGACGAGCAGGGCGAAGAGGUCUGGAUGAAAGAGGCAUCGUUAUUCUGAUUGUMGAUGAAAAAAUGGGWCCYGAUGUUGGGAAAAGUCUACUCAAGGGCCACGCAGAUCCGCUGAACAGUGCUUUCCAUCUUACGUACAAUAUGGUCCUGAAUCUGCUUCGUGUUGAGGAAAUCAACCCUGAAAUAAUGCUGGAGAAAUCUUUCUAUCAAUUUCAAAACUAUUCUGCCAUCCCUGACAUGAUUGAAAAAAUCAAGAAACUUGAAAAACAGAGAGAUGAAUUUGAAAUCCCAAACGAGGAGUCGAUCACAGCGUACUACAAGAUACGACAACAGUUGAAGAAACUAGGAGACGACAUGUUGGCGUUCAUCCAUCAGCCAAAGUAUUGCCUUCCGUUUAUGCAACCAGGACGACUUGUAAAGAUUCAAAAUAGGGACGUGGACUUUGGAUGGGGUGUGGUACUCAAUUUCCAGAAAAAAGCAAACCAAAAGAGCGGAGGACCAAUAAGUGAUGCGAUAUAUGUGUUAGAAGUUCUUGUAAAAUGUUCAAGUAAAAGGAUUCGGUCUGCAGAUGGUGAGAUGCCGCAGCCAUGCGGUCCUGAUGAGAAAGGGGAGAUGCAGGUCGUGCCUGUUUUAUUACAUCUUGUUAAACGGCUCAGCAGUGUGAGAUUAUAUAUUCCUAAAGAUUUGCGAUCACCUGAUAGCAGACAAAGUGUUGGUAAAUCGAUACAGGAGGUUUCUAAGCGGUUUCCUGAUGGCUUACCGUUAUUAGAUCCUAUUGAAGAUAUGGGAAUCAAAGAUGAUGGCUUGAAAAAAAUUAUAAGGAAAAUAGAAAUGCUUGAACAUCGAAUGUACUCACAUCCACUUCAUAAGGACGCCUCUCUCGACUCGCUAUAUAAGCUAUGUGAAGAAAAAGCACAGAUCAUCGACAAAGCAAAGACCGCACGAAAAGAACUUAAAAAAGCCAGGACGAUAUUACAACUGGAUGAACUAAAAUGUCGAAAAAGAGUCUUAAGAAGGCUGGGUUAUUCUACUGCAGCUGAUGUUAUCGAGCUAAAAGGCCGUGUAGCAUGUGAACUCAGCAGUGCUGCAAGUUUAUAUCUGUAGUUGUCUGAACUCAGUGAGAUUAACUGAAUGGUAAAUGCAGAUAGAAAUAAGAAAAUGAAAAAAACUACG